AUGAGCCGGGUUCUGGUGCCCCUUCUCCGGUCAUCAUGGCGGACUCUCCGGUUACGUCCCCUUGUCCUCCGUCGGGACUACUCAGUGCCCAUCCGUAAUGUCGCUUCGAACCCGAAGUCGAAUCCCUUUACAGCUCAAGAUGGAUUGGUCGAUUAUGCGGACAAGUACCUGCAUGGCCCUGCGCCAGAAGGCGUCAAGAUCAUGGAGAAUCAAAUGAACGUGACGAUCGAUGGGAAUAGACGGUGGUUCCGCUACGGGUUUCUGCGCGACGCCUGCAAGUGCCCCCUCUGCGUGGACCAGCACUCGAAACAGCGCAAAUUCCGCCUGACAGAUAUCCCCCACUACAUCACGCCGCGAUCGGUCAAAUGGGACGGCAAGAAGCUGGAGGUACAGUGGGCAAACGAUAUCAAGGGGUUUGAUCCCGAGCACACAUCCGUCUACGAAGCCGUCAAGUUACAAGUACCCCAACCCAACCCGCCCAAGUCGGAUACGGGCCGGCACAGGAAGCGAAUGAUGUGGACGGCGAAGAGCAUGGAGGAGCUUCAGCAUUGGAUCUCCUACGAGGACUACAUGAACGACGAGAAGAAGUUCAUCACAGCCAUGCGCAAUCUCUCGCUGCUGGGAAUCAUUUUCGUCAAGGAUAUCCCCGACUCGCGGGAGAUGGUCGAGAAGAUCGCCACACGCAUGGGUCCCCUGCGGAACACCUUCUACGGCCCGACAUGGGACGUCCGCAGCGUCCCCGAGGCGAAGAAUGUCGCCUAUACCAACGUCUUCCUCGGCUUCCACAUGGACCUCAUGUACAUGAACGAGCCGCCGGGUUACCAGCUGCUGCACUGUCUGGAAAACUCCUGCGACGGAGGCGAGUCGCUCUUCACGGACAGCUUCCGCGCCGCCAACGAGAUCCGGUCUCAGCGCCCAGACCUCUUCCAGUACCUGACGGAGUUCCGCCUCAACUACGAGUACGACCACAAGGAGCACGUCUACAACAACAGCUGGCCCGUCGUCGAAAUGGAGGACGGCAACCUGUCCAAGUCGAUCGCGCGCGUCAACUACUCGCCGCCCUUCCAGGGCCCGUCCAUCGCCAACAUGAUGAACCACGAGCGAUACGCCGAGUUCACCCGCGCCCUCAAACAAUUCACCUACGAGAUCGAGCGCAAGCGCAACAUCUUCCAGCUCAAGCUAAACCCCGGCGAGUGUGUCAUCUUCGAGAACCGCCGCGUCCUCCACGCCCGCAACCAGUUUAACACUGAGCAGGGGAAGCGCUGGCUCGCCGGUGCCUAUGUUGAUGAGGACGCGCUGCUUUCCACUUUCAGGACGUGUCGGAAUGCGGAUAGUCGGCUGUGGGGUAAGCCGAUUGAGCGCCCAGUGGAGAGUGGCUCGGUGCCUCCAUCUGCCGAGGGUGUCUCUGAAGGACAAUAG